UUCUCAUGAAUUUUAACAUCGCUUCAACUCACUUUAACAUGUCUACUCUCAUCUUCUACUCUAUAGCUUUCGCCACCUUCCUUUACUUUCUGCUCCACCUUCGCCAACUCUUCCUCCACCGUGCCUCCCGUCCUCUUCCACCAGGCCCAAAGCCAUGGCCUCUCCUUGGAAACUUGCCUCAUUUGGGCCCUAAACCCCACCACUCCUUAGCUGACUUGGCUCGAAUCUAUGGGCCUCUCAUGCACCUUCGAAUGGGCUUCGUGGAUGUUGUGGUGGCGGCUUCUGCCUCCGUCGCAGCCCAAUUCUUGAAGGUUCAUGACGCGAACUUCUCAAACCGGCCGCCGAAUUCCGGUGCAAAAUAUGUUGCUUAUAAUUACCAAGACCUUGUGUUUGCACCAUAUGGUCCGCGGUGGCGCCUGCUUAGGAAGAUCAGCUCCGUCCACCUCUUCUCCGGCAAGGCGUUGGAUGAUUUUAGACACAUUAGACAGCAAGAAGUAGCAGUGCUUACACGCGUACUAGCAAGUGCGGGCCAAACGCAAGUUAACCUAGGACAAUUGCUGAACGUGUGCACCACCAAUGCCCUUGGGCGCGUGAUGAUAGGCAGAAGAGUGUUCAACGACGGUAGCAGCGGUGGUGAUCCAAAGGCAGACGAAUUCAAAUCAAUGGUGGUGGAGUUGAUGGUGUUGGCCGGAGUUUUCAAUAUCGGUGACUUCGUUCCUGCUUUGGAAUGGCUAGACUUACAAGGAGUAGCAGCCAAAAUGAAGAAGCUCCAUAAGAGAUUUGAUGAUUUCUUGACUGAGAUUGUGGAGGAGCACAAGAUUAAAUCUGAUGGUUACGAAAAGCACAGAGACAUGUUGAGUACGUUGAUUUCUUUGAAAGAGGAUGCUGACGGUGAGGGAGAGAAGCUCACCGACACUGAAAUCAAAGCAUUACUUUUGAACAUGUUUACUGCAGGUACCGAUACUUCUUCAAGCACAGUAGAAUGGGCAAUCGCAGAACUCAUACGCCACCCUAAUAUCUUGGCCCAAGUCCAACAAGAGCUUGACUCGGUCGUGGGCCGAGACCGUCUCGUAAAUGAAUUAGACCUAGCCCAACUCACCUAUCUCCAGGCCGUCGUCAAGGAAACCUUCCGCCUCCACCCAUCGACACCGUUAUCUCUUCCACGCAUCGCAGCAGAAGACUGUGAAAUAAAUGGCUACCGCAUAUCCAAGGGCUCAACUCUUCUGGUGAAUGUAUGGGCCAUAGCCCGUGAUCCAGAUGUAUGGGCCGAGCCGCUAAAGUUUAGGCCCGAAAGGUUUUUGGCAGGAGGAGAGAAGGCAAAUGUUGAUGUUAGGGGAAAUGAUUUUGAGCUAAUACCAUUUGGUGCUGGACGCAGAAUAUGUGCAGGAAUGAACUUGGGGUUAAGGAUGGUUCACUUGCUAAUAGCAACUCUAGCCCAUGCAUUUGAAUGGGAAUUGGCAGAUGGGUUGAUCCCUGAGAAAUUGAACAUGGAAGAAGCUUAUGGGCUAACCUUGCAGAGGGCUGUGCCCAUGAUGGUGCACCCAAGGCCUAGGCUAUCCUCCAUUGCUUUUAAUACUGCAUAGGAAUUAGGACACCUCCCACCUCUCUAUUGAUAGAAUCGAGUUCUAUUUGUCCCAUAAAACGCUGAUGUAUGUCGGUAUUUUAGUUCUAAAUUAAUAAAGAAAAGUAAUGGGAGUAUAUGAUGCUACUCGCACACCAUAUGUAAAAAAUUAUGCUUGGGAGCUUAUUUGUAUCAUAUUCUCGUAUAUAAUAUAUACUUUUUCUUA